GCGAGACGAUGUACAUCAAGGCUCUGUCCGGUCUGUUCGUGUGCUGCACACUUCUCUCGGCUGCCGAGAGUGGAGUGGUCAUCACCGACGCUGCUCCGACGGAGUUCCCUAACAUUGUCAAGAUAAUGUUUCAAGAUAGUGCUCUUAAAAAGUUUGUACCAGGUGUGUUUGUCAGCGCAAAAUAUGUCCUUACAUUCCUCAGCACACAGAGUUCGCUAACCAAGGAUUCAUUCCAAGUCACCGACCAGUUGGGUGCCGUUCACACCGUGGGAGCUUUGGGAGAUCAAUCUGUAGCAUAUUUCCGUUACAUGAAAAUUUGCACAGCAUUCAAAGGAACUCCUUUGAACAUGAGCGAAUCCAGUUUCGACGCGUUGGCGUCCUCUAUUGACGCUCAAAUGUUUUUUUUUUGACACAACCUCUUACACCCUGAAAAAGGUGAGCGUCAGUCUGCUUGAUAACACCACGUGCCAAGCGAAAGCAUCAGCAGUUGGCCUCAAUGCCGCCAGCUACAUCUGCAUGUCGUCAGCUAUCACCGCGAACUUUUGUCUGGAUACGUAUACAGAUGACCCGACAAGCUCGACUUACUAUACAUCAUCGGUGGUAGCAAUUGGGGGCCAAGUCAACGGCUUUCUUUACCUUUCCAAUUGCGAUGGAAACAAUUUGGAUGCAAAUGCACCUUAUGUGUACCAUAGAAAAAUAAGCUACUAUCGUCAAGACAUAAUUAAUAUGAUCCCAACUGUGGACAUCGUUUGAUUUGUUUUCCCCAUUCUUCGUUGCUGUUUAUUCAACAGUAUCAACACGAAAAUUUGAUUUCCAGUGUGCUUUAUCAAUGUGAAAAUAAAUCGGGUUGCAAUCAU